AUGUACAAAACAGGUCUGAGCAGUCAUAAAGUAUCUGUAAGAGAAAAGGAAAUCCAUGAGGACAUGGUACAGACACCUGCUGAGGACUUCCCUUCCUAUGUAACUGUGAACACGUGGGCUGCUGAAUUCAAGCGGGACAGGGUCAGCACAGAAGAUGACCCUCGGUCAGGUCAACCAAAAACCUCAACCACUGAUGAUCAAGUUGAUGUCAAUCACCGUCUGGUUUUGAAUGACGGACAUAUUACUGUCCAGCAGAUAGCUAAGUCCAAAGGCAUUAGUUCUGGUUCAGCCCACACUGUUUUAACCGAGAUCUUGGAGAUGAGCAAGCUGCCUGCUAGAUGGGGCCCAAGAAAACUGAAAAAGGCUGAGCGUCGUUGGACCAAGUACAUUGAUGUCAGGAUGGACUAUUUAGAAAAAUUGUGA